AUGAGAUUUGCUUUGCAUGUGACUUUAUUUGCGGAUGUUUCUUAUAGUACUUACUCCACUGGCGCAACGGUCUGUACUGUUGCAUCAUCCCUUACCCCCCCCUCGUUCGACACAACAGUGGACUUUGCCUUUGACUUUGACUUUGACUUUGACUUUGACUUCAAUGCGACGGUCUGUACUGUCGCGUCUCUGGACUUCGACAUGACGGUCUGUACCGUCGUGUCUCUGGACUUUGACUGGUGGCGACGACUCGACGGGGAUUUGACGAUGCAAUGGUCUGUAUGGACUUCGACACGACGUACCUCAACCUCUACUGGCGCAAUGGUCUGCACUGUUGCGUCAACCCUUAUCCUCUCCUCCUUCGACACGACGAUGGACUUCGCCUUUGGAGUUGCCGACACGAUGGUUUGUACUGUCGUGUCAUCCUCUCUCCUCACACACAGAGGACCUCAGCUUUGA